AUGGCCCAAGGGCGAAGGCAAGGCCGCAAAGGGCAGCAUGGCAGAGCCGGAGCAGACAGAACCAGCCGCAAGAACACGGACACACGCGAAGAGGCGAAAAAGGAAGGACCGGACGGCAUCGCGCGCCGCGGCCGCCCGAGCCGGAUGGCGCAGCUGGCGCUGUCGGCGCUGAUUGAAACGCCUUCGCUGCUGAGCUGCGAGGAGGCGCUCCGCCUGGCGAAGGAUUCGUGCUGCCGCCCUCAGGAGCACUCCUGGUCCAGCUGGGUUUCCGCUCCCGCUUCCGCCUCCUCAGCUUCACCAUCGGUCUCUCGCGUGGAUUCGGCGAGUGAAGCAGGCAGCGAGCCCGCUGAGGAGGAGGGCGCAGGCAGCGGCGUCAGCGGCGGCUUCUUCGACUUUGAAAGGCGCGGCAAGAUUUGGCAGCUGAAGCGACUAAGGCGCUUGGAAGGUCUUCGACGCCGCAAAGAACUCCAAGAGCUCUCCAAGUGCUCCUUCCAGCCGAAGUUCGCGAAGCUCGAACCGACGCCCAAAGCGGCGCCCUGCGAAGGCUCCAAGCCGAAGCCUUUGUCGCCCUUCUCGAGCUCUGCCCUUGCUGCUCGCCUCUGCCAGCCACUGCCCUCAGAGCACAUGCGCUCCUUCCACCUGCGGAGACUCCAUGAUUCGGUCGAGGAGCAGAGGAUGUCAGAGUGCACCUUUCAGCCGGAUUUGUCGCGGAGUCGCUUAUGGUUGAGCCUCUCCAGGCUGCACGAGGCCGAGGCCGCCGAGGGUGGCCGCUCGGCGGGCAUCUCGGGCUCACGGCUACGAGCCAGGACGCCCCCUGUCUCUCCGAUCGCUCGGCCCAGGACGAACUCCGUGCCUCUCUCAAUGACCCGAGCCCAAUCCUACCUGGCAGAAGAUGUUUUUCAUCGCUUGGAUCGAGGCUCGGCAGCAUGGUCCAGGCGGUCCAACACCGAGGACUCGGGUUUGCCCUUGCCUCGUGCGGACGCGAGUGCCGCUGGCACGUGCUGCAAUGCCACCACAGCCUUUCUGGGUUUCUUGGAGCGCCAGAACCGCUGCGAAGAUCUGCGACGGCAGAGAUUAGAGCAGAUCGCUUCUGAGAUGGCAAGCAGAACGGGGCCAGCCUGGCCAGCAGCGCAAGCGCCGCAAGCGAGCAGAGCGGGAGAGAAAGACGAGGAACCGAAGCGGCUUCCGAAGCCUGCUGGUUUCAAAGGCCGAGUCCGAGGCGGCAGAAGCGCGUCCUCUGAAGAGAAGGACGCGGCCGCGGCUGUGUCGGCGUCACCCAAGGCUUGGACCUGGAGCUUUCGACCCAAGAUCUUGGAAAUCUCUCAGAGACGGCAACUUCGUGGGAGCAGGGAGCUGAGCUUAGGCGACUGGCAGCGGCGCAAGCUGCGCCUGGAAGAGCUCAGAGAAGAUCUUCUUCAGACGCAAGACAGCUACUUUAAGCCCAAGCUCAAUGCCUCACGUAUCCCUGGCAGGCUCUGUGUGCUGAACGAGCCGGAGACAUACAUGGCCCGCUUGGCCGCAGACCGCGAGAAAAGCUUGGCUCUACGGGAGAGGGAGCUUCAGCGGCAGAUUGACGAGGCACUUGCAGAGUGCACUUUUCGUCCAGCAGUGAACCCGGGCGCGCCCAAGUACAUUACUCGAAUGGCUGAGAGCCACAGAGCUCUGAAAGAGCUACGACGGUCAGCCUCCCGUGAAGAGCGCGGGGGGUCUCUGCCUAUGCGCCCCGACUGGCGGUGA